UCUUCAGUUCUGGACGCUCAAGCCCUAACGCCUCUUCCACCGUCUUCCAUCCUCUUCCACCCUUUUCCAUCGUUGUAGAAGACGGAGGCUCUUCCACCCUCUUCCACCGUCGCAGAAGACAGAGGUUCUUAAUCAAACAUUCUUUGGGCUUCAAUCUUCACCGAAUCACAAGAUUUAAUCUUCACCAAAUCUGGAGUCGGCUUGUGGUCUGAGUCUGAAUCGCUGUGGGAAAUACAGGUUGGCAUUAAUACACGAGAUACCAAAGCCCUUCUAAGUAUAAAAUGUGGAGGGAUGUUCCAGAUUUUGAGAAAGAGAUCUGCUAUGACCAUUUGAAGGAGGUCUUUGGAGUGGAUGCAUAUGCGAAUGACACUGAUUUUAAGCGAGUAAAUAUGGGAAUUUCCAGCGCGGUGAGGAAAUAUAGAUAUAAAUUGAAGUGUCAUUUUGAAGAACAUCUUCCAAUUGAGAAUGCACGCCGCCAUCCUUACAAUGUUAUUGGUAAUGCUGUUUGGCAAAAAUACUGUGAUACGUGGAUGUCACCAAAAUUCCAGGUCAAACUCAAAGAAAGGCAGAGCCAAGAAGAUGAGGACGGUGAAAGGGUUGAGGAUCCUGCUAUUCGUUUGUCCAAGGACACACAUUUUAAGGAACAAGGUGGAUGGGCACACGAGAAAGCUAAGACAAAUUUUGAUGCAAUGAAAGAAAAGGCUGCACAAAAUUCUCAAAAUUCUGAUGGGACGAGUCCAACCAUAAAUGAUGUUGAGAUAGCACAAAACCAACUGGGCAUAAGGAAGGGAUAUUGCCGUCGAUUCGGGCAUGGUUUCGUGGCUCCAUAGCGUCAACGUGCCUCCUCAUCAUGUGAUGAGGCUUCUAGGAAAAGGGCCGAAAUUGCUGAAGAAAGAAAUGUACAAAUGGCGGAAAAGAUGGAAAAACUUGAGAAGAUGCUUUAGCAGUACCAACAACAGCCGCCACCAUGGUUCCUCCAAUAUCAGCAGCAGCAGCAGCAGUCGCCACCAUGGUUCCACCAACAACAGUCUUCAUCAGAUUCCCAACAGCAGUAAACUGGCAUCAACAGCCACCGCCACCUCCAGCAGACUCUCAUUUUCAGCAGCCGCCACUAACAACAAGAUGGCAAUAUCAGCAGCCGCCACCAACAUGGUCGCACCAGCAAGCAUCACCACAGCCACCAACAGAAUGAAUAAUGAAUCUUGAAGAGGAUGGAACAAUUUUUUGUGCUACCACAUGGUUUUAGCUUUUGUUUAGAAAAUUGAAGAUUUUAUAGAUCUUGAAUAUAUAUAUUGUGGAUUUAUUUUGUUUUAUGCCUAGUAAUAUCUUUUUGAA